AUGGAUUCGGCAGACCAUCUCACGCCCGGUACGCCUCAUAUCAAGCGACGCAAGACUCAUGACGACUCAUCGCAGCGGUCGAGCUCGCCGGGCACGUCCCCCAACGCCAGGAAACACUCGGAACCCAGGUCGCGGGAGCCUCGCGAUCCCUCACAAUCCAGGUACGACGUGACGAGAAGCCCCAGUGCUGCAGGCUCAAACAAGCACUAUUCAUCGCGGUCUCGCUCAAGAAGACGCUCUCGAUCCAUCUCCAGCUCAGGAUCAAGCACGCGCUCAGAGUCACCGCCUCUUUCCCGGACGCGUUCUCGCCGGCGGUCCGGGUCACCCACAUCCUCUGACCGCACGCGAACCGAGUCCUACUCGCCCCGGCCGCGACAACCCUCACCUACUCGGGAGCCCUCGAAACCCAACUACAGACCGCGUCUAGUGCUCCACGGCCACACGGGCCCCGUUUCACAGGUGAGGAUAUCGCCCAAUGGCAAGUUCAUCGCCUCAGCGUCCGCGGAUGGAACCUUGAAACUGUGGGAUGCGGUGACGGGCGCGCACAUGGACACGCUGGUCGGCCAUAUGGCCGGCGUGAGCUGUAUUGCUUGGACGCCGGAUAGCAACACUCUGGCGAGCGGUUCCGACGACAAGGCCAUCCGCCUGUGGGACCGCGUGACGGGACGACCGAAAACGACGACCCGCAAAUCCAUCGCGGGCCAGGAAAUGGCCGCGCUGCGAGGACAUCACAACUAUAUCCACUGCCUGGCGUUCUCGCCAAAAGGCAACAUCCUCGCCAGCGGGUCAUAUGACGAAGCCGUGUUCCUGUGGGACGUUAGGGCGGGACGGCUAAUGAGAAGCUUACCAGCUCAUAGCGAUCCUGUCAGUGGGAUCGACUUUUGUCGAGAUGGCACAUUGGUCGUGAGCUGUUCGACGGACGGAUUAAUUCGAGUAUGGGACACCUCGACCGGACAGUGUCUCCGAACACUCGUGCAUGAAGAUAACCCUGCCGUCACAAAUGUAUGCUUCUCCCCCAACGGCCGCUUCGUCCUGGCCUUUAAUCUGGACAAUUGUAUACGGCUAUGGGACUAUGUGGCUGGGACCGUGAAAAAGACCUACCAGGGCCACCGGAACGAGAAAUUCGCCAUAGGUGGCUGCUUUGGUGUCUUGGACGGCGAACCUUUCAUCGCGUCUGCAAGCGAAGACGGUGAUGUGAUACUGUGGAAUGUGAAGAACAAGGAGAUACUGCAGAGGAUUUCUACGGGCCAUAAAGGCGUUUGUUUCUGGGUCGAUGUCAAUGGCGAAAUAUUGGCAAGUGCGGGACAGGACCACACUAUUAGGGUGUACAAACACGUAAGGGAGGGCGGCGUCACAAAUGGGAGUACGCCGUCUGAGGUGGAGAUGACGAGCAAAUUGAAGGGUGAGCUGCCUAUUCGGCAGGAGGAUAUCAAAUUGGAGGAUGCGUGA